AUGGUGCCGGGAAUGUCACCGACUACGCCUCAUGCGCUGCCGCCUGCGACAAAGGAGAAGGUCUCCAGGAGACUUAUGGCACCCACGAUUGGAAGGGCAGCUCGGGUUCGGGAAAGUGUGAUUGCAAAGCCAGUGACAGUGAGCACAGGACAGCUUGUCAGGACUCUGGGUACUCAAGCUGA